AUGGUAAUUUCGAAAAUUUGCUGCAUCGGUGCCGGAUAUGUGGGAGGGCCUACGUGUAGCGUGAUGGCACUCAAAUGCCCGGAUAUCCAGAUAACGGUCGUCGAUCGUAGCACCGAACGGAUAGCCCAAUGGAACUCCGACAAGCUGCCAAUAUACGAGCCCGGUCUCGACGAAGUUGUCCGCCAGUGCCGUAACCGUAACCUGUUCUUCUCCACCGACAUCGAGAAAGCGAUCCAGGAGGCGGAACUCAUCUUCAUCUCCGUCAACACGCCCACGAAAACGUACGGUAAUGGGCGAGGACGUGCGGCGGAUCUAAAGUACGUCGAGGGCUGUGCCCGUAUGAUCGCCGAAAUGUCACAAAACAGUAAGAUCGUGGUGGAGAAAAGUACGGUACCGGUGCGGGCAGCGGAAAGCAUUAUGCACAUCCUCAAAGCAAACCACAAACCCGGCGUAAAGUAUGACAUCCUAUCGAAUCCCGAGUUUCUCGCCGAGGGAACGGCGGUGGAGGAUCUGCUCAAGCCCGAUCGUGUGCUGAUCGGUGGAGAACAAACACCCGAAGGGCAGGCGGCGAUCGAAAAGCUUUGCUGGGUGUACGAACACUGGAUACCGAAGAAGAACAUUAUCACGACCAACACAUGGAGCUCGGAAUUGUCCAAGCUGGCGGCCAAUGCAUUCCUCGCCCAGCGCAUUUCCUCGAUCAACUCACUGUCCGCGGUGUGUGAAGCAACCGGGGCCGACGUAUCCGAAGUUGCCCGGGCCGUGGGGUUGGAUUCUCGCAUUGGGCCAAAAUUUCUGCAGGCGUCGGUCGGAUUCGGGGGUAGCUGCUUCCAGAAGGACAUCCUCAACCUUGUGUACAUCUGCGAGGGCCUUAACCUGCCGGAGGUGGCCGCCUACUGGCAGCAGGUGAUCGACAUGAACGACUACCAGAAGACGCGCUUCUCGCAGAAGAUCAUCGAGUGUCUGUUCAACACGGUCACCGACAAGCGCAUCUCGAUACUGGGCUUUGCGUUCAAGAAAAACACGGGAGACACACGGGAAACGCCCGCCAUCACCGUUUGCCGGACGCUGCUCGACGAGGGCGCCCAGCUCAACAUCUACGAUCCGAAGGUGGAACCGGAGCAGAUUAUCGCCGACCUGACGCACCCGAAGGUUACCGAAAGCCCGGAACACGUGAAGCGCGCCGUACAGAUCUUCGCCGAUCCGUACGAUGCGGUCCGGGGCACGCAUGCCCUCGUCGUGUGCACCGAAUGGGAUGAGUUUGUCGUAUGUCAUCAAUGUCACCGUCACCACGCGUCGAAGCCGACCGGCACGGACCAAACCUACCAUCACCUUCCGCCCCACCAUCCUUCGUCACACCACGAACCAAGGUGCCCGGUUGUUUCUAAUACUGUACCCGUUGUCCCUUUUGCUUUCUUCCCGCAGAGUCUCAACUACGAGCGUAUCUACGCGUCGAUGAUGAAGCCGGCGUACAUCUUCGAUGGGCGUAAGAUUCUGCCACACGAACGGCUCCAGCAGAUCGGGUUCCACGUGCAGACGAUCGGGAAGCGGCUGUUACAGCAGCAGCACCACGACCCAACCGUGCGGCCCUUCCCGAACCAUUUGACCAACGGGCACGGCAGCUACGGUCCGCUGGCAGCGAACGGCGAUGGUCCAAGUGCGCAGGCCUAG